AUGUCUACAGACAUGGUUCAUGACACCGUCUGCGAGUAUAUUGCGGAACUCACUGAGAUAUUGAGCUCGAUUGGAGAAAUCAGCGAACGAGACCAAGUCGUCGCCCUCUGGCAUGGUCUUCGUGCUUCGAUUCGUGCCGAGCUAUAUCGAAAGCACCUUUCUCCUGAUAAAUUGUCGUGGAAAAAGGUAACGUUCGAGGCCGAAAUACAGGAAAUCACAGAGACGGUUAUGGGAGGCCAUAACCGUAACAACCAGGCAUCCAAUGGCCGCAGUGCCCCGUUGAACGCGCAACCUCAGUGCAACGACCAAGGGUCAAGAUCUGGGAAUAGGACGAGGUUCCACCCCCAGAAUAUGCAGCGUAGUAACGAGGGUAACACCUCUGGAUUUCAGAAGAGUGACCGGCAUAGUGAUCGUUCACGAAAUUGGAGCUCCAAUCGUGAUAAUGCCUCUUGA